AUGUUCCUCUACAUGUUAAUCUUCAUGGCUUACCACAGCAGCAGAUGGAUACCGAGGAGCAAGAGGUUAAAAUUUCAGAUCGUGAAUGUGGUGUUCUCUGUGCUGGUUCUGGUCCCUCAGUUCUACAUCAUGGGAAGGCCAAAAUCAUCAAGAUACUGCAGCCAGCCUCUUUUAAACAACCUGUCAGCCUCCAUUGCCUUCUCCUUCAUAGCUGCAGGUUUCUCAGUCAUAUUCACAUUGAUAGACCCGGUUCCUCAGAGCUUGUGGGCGUCUUAUCAUGUGUUUGGGCUGCUGACAUGUGGACAUGGACUGUGCACGGCCAUCCUGACUCUGACAGCAGCAUCAUGUGCCAAUACCACGCCUGAGCUGUACUACAUGUCCCUGUUUUUAACAACUGCUUCUCUUCUCAGUACAGCUUUUUUCCUAGUCAGAGUGGGACUCUGGUUGACUAUGAGGCUGUCUAUGAUCGACUCGCACAGCAACAAUGAGUGGUGA